GAAAACUUGAAAUUCUGGUAAAAAACCUCAAAAUUAUCAGAUGACUUUAGAUCAUGUGCUUAAGCUUUCAUAGGUAUUUCACGGAUGUAAAUCAAAGUGCUUUCAAUUAAAUUAAUGAUUUCAUCAAAUGUUGUAAACAUGUUGGCAGCUUCCAGAAUAAUAAGUAGAGUCAUGGGGCAAACACUAUCGGAGCCUGUAACGGAUAAGCAAUCAUCUACAUGUCAAGAUACGCAUUACCUGGUGGGAUCGUCUUGCAUGCAAGGAUGGAGAGUCUCUAUGGACGACUCCCACACUCAGAUAUUGUCAUUACCUGAUGAUCCGGGAACAGCGUUCUUUGCUGUUUAUGACGGCCAUGGAGGUGCAAACAUAGCUGAAUAUGCUGGCAAACAUCUACACAAGUUUAUAACAGCAAGACCGGAAUACCAUUUGGGGAAUAUUGAAGAAGCGCUCAAACAGGGUUUUCUUGAUCUCGACCAGGCCAUGUUGGAAGAGAACUGUAUGAAGGAGAAGGUGGCUGGUAGUACUGCUGUGGUGGUCUUAAUAAAAGAUAACACUUUGUAUUGCGCCAAUGUUGGUGACUCGAGAGCAAUAGCUAGUGUUAGCGGAACUGUCGAAGUCCUCUCUUAUGAUCACAAGCCGAAUAACAAGGAGGAACUGGAACGUAUUCAAGCCGGCGGUGGUUGGGUACAACUUAACAGGGUCAAUGGUAACCUGGCUUUAUCCAGGGCUUUGGGAGAUUAUAUAUUCAAGAGGAAUUACAGGCUGUCUCCGAGAGAUCAGAUAGUUACUGCAUACCCAGACGUUCAAGUUCGACAGUUGACUGAUGAUUGGGAAUUCAUAGUGAUUGCAUGUGAUGGUAUUUGGGAGGUUCUAUCUAAUGAGGAAGUGUUAUCAUUCUGUCGGGUUCGACUCUUAUCUGGGUGGGAGCCGAGUACAGUAUGUGAAGCCCUGAUGCAGUUGUGUCUUGCACCAAACUGUGCUACGGGAGGCCUAGGUUGUGAUAACAUGACUGUUGUUAUUGUUUGUCUCUCACCGUUCCCUAAGGUUGAUGGAGUGAAACCAAUUCCUGAAGAUCAGCUGCUCGAUAACAAGUUUUUAACUAAGAUGGAGGAUCUGUUGUACGCUGACAACGAAGAGGAGGAUUUGAAAUAAAAAAAAAACAAAGUACCUACACUUUGGUAUAUACUUUUCUAAUGCAAUUGUAACUUGGUUUUCUUUGUUCGUAUUUAUUGUUAUUCCUUUUUCGAAAUUUUUGUUGGAAGUCACAGAUAAAAAAAGGUUAAUGUGAAUAAAAAAAAAUCUUUGUAGUCGUUUUAAUUUGCAAGUAAUAUCAUUUUUUUUUUAUCAAAAUUUAUAAUUAAUUAUUCAAUGAGUUUAAACGUAAACAUACAUUGCCUGUUGUAAUUUUUAAUAAUGUUCUAAGUGAUAUGUAUUUGUAGUUGAUUUUUUUUUUAUAUACUGGUUAAGUUUUUAGACUUUGUAUUUAUUUUUGUUUUAUGUUAUCUAUAUAUCUGUUAUUGCGAAUCGAUGAUCAACAUCAUUUCUGACUUUGUCCUUAUAAUGCAUCUGUCAGUUAUCAGAGUUUUAUCACUAACAGUGUAGAAAAUUUUUCUGAUUUUCAAUCUUGGUUUAUUAUAACUUAUAACACAUGUGUAAUCGAGAAUCGGACAGACGUUUUAAUUAAAAAUUGUUAUUAAAAAAUAUAUAUAUUUUUUAAACAAUUUUGAUUUGCAUUUGUUAAACAAUUAUUUAAAGUAAUAAACGUCAACUUCAAAUGUCAACUUCAUACGUCAAAUUUGCGUUACAGACAACAAAGUAUUCAUUGAUAUUGGCAUAAUACUCCAUAAUGGCAGUGUGGAUGAAGACAUAGAUUAAAAAAAAGGCUAUUACAACCGAUUUAAGGACAUUGAAGUACACGCAAAACUGUAUUCAUAAUAAAUUGUUUUUAGUUUGUUUCUUUGUUUGAAAUGUUAUUAAUGUAUAUAAUAUUAUCGUAGUAGCGGCCGUCCAAAUUAAAUUUUGCUUGUAGCAAGUAACAUGAUUUAGGUAGAAUAUAUCUGAUAGUUUGAUGGGACAUUGAACUUUUCGUAUAUGUGUGCAUUUAAAUUAAAUAAUUAAUUAAUUCCAAGUUAACGUUCUCUUAAGGCAACUUGAUGUUUUUUAUAUGUUGACUCUACUAUUCCACUCUAUGUAGCGAUAAUUUUAAUAUAUAUGAAUUUUGUAUAUAUAUAUUUUCCUUCACUUACAAAAUUUAAUGUUUGUCUGUCAGUGUGAUAUACUAAAGUUAACUAAGUACAUACACACACAAACACACACACACACACACACACAUAUAUAUAUAUAUAUAUAGUAUUAAAAGAAUUAGUGUAUUUUAAUUCAGGUUUAUCAACACCAAGCCCCCCUCCCCCCCCCGGUCAGUCUGUUUGAAGUGUCAAAUUUUAAUUUAGUUCAAACAAUACCUCAUUAACAACGAUUUUAUUAGAUUUUGAUAUGUUUUAAACUUAGCUUUUUUACUUAGCGUCGUUUGUAAUGUUUUUGGCAGUUUGUGUAAUAAUUUUCUAAUAAGGGUGUUUGUACAUUUCGUGUACAGCAGAGGUACUGUGUGUAAGGUAGUUGUAAAUUUGUUUAGAACUAGCGUUAAGACAUGAAAUAUAUUGUAGUUCUUAGCUGAUGUUGUGAUUGUAUUGAAAUGUUUAUUUUAUCGAAAGUAUUGAUUUAUUAUAAUUUGGCAGAUUUUUUUAAAUAUAAUUUUUAUAUGUGUAGUGAUUUUACAUUAAAAAAAAAAAGGUGUAUUUAAUGGAUAAAUCCCGUAAUAAAUGAUUUUGUUUUAGUAUUUAACUUUGAAAGUGUGUCAUAUAUUAUAUAAUUUGAUAUAUAUAUUUUUUUUUGUAAAAUAACCACAUAUCGGAAUUCACUAGUCAAGUUAGUAUACUAUUGGGUGUUAUAGGAAUGGAAAAUAAAGUUUACAUUUUUUAAA